GAAAGGAGAAGACAUCUCACAUUGAAGACUCUCUUCAUCAAAGAUGUCAAACCAUCUCUUCAGGUUCAGAGGUAAGCUGUCCAUCCUUUAAUGCGUGUUAGACAUGGUUUAGGUUAGAAUUAAAUGGACUUUAGGAUCAUGUAGUUGAUGGCAAUUGUUUAGGUAGAUACAUUGACUUUCUUGAUUUUUUAGUUUUAAGUGCAUUGAUGACCAUUUACACUUAACACCUACUAAACUCUCAUUAAGUUUGCUUUAAAAACGACCAAGUAUCCCUUUCUCAUUUCAUAUCUCUUCUCCUUUCAAAUUGCAUUUCAUAAAACAGAACAAGCUCUAAUUCCCCAUUUUUAAUUCAUUCCCCUUCGCUAUGGAUCCAUUUACGGCACCUUGUAGCUUUCAAAACCUUUUAAACAGUCAACAACCAUACCCCUCUGUCUCUGAUGCGUCUGCCUAUGGUACUGUAUGGCCUGAAGAGGAAAAUGAAGAAGCAGACAUCGUGAGUGACCGUAAAGAAAGGCGGAAAUGGUCACCAACUGAGGACAAGGUGCUCAUCAGUGCUUGGUUGAAUACAUCUAAAGACCCUAUCGUUGCUGGUUUGCAGAAGAGAGACUCAACUGGCUGUAAAUCGAGGCGGGGGAAGCUUAAUGAGGGCGUGUGCAAGUUUGUAGGGUGCUAUGAUGCAGCAACUAAACAAAAAUCUAGUGGGCAAAGUGAGGAUGAUGUUUUAAAGCUGGCUCAUCAGAUAUUCUUCAAUGAUUACAAGAGCAAGUUCACACUUGAGCAUGCUUGGUUGGAGCUGAGGCAUGAUCAAAAAUGGUGUGGAGGUCUGGCGAGUAAAAAUGGUGUGUCAUCUAAGAGAAGAAAGGUUGAUAACCAAACAGGACAGUCAUCAACGUCAGUUCCAUGUAGCCUUAGAGAAGAGGACGCAAAUGGUGUGGAGGUCCGGCCUGCGGGUGUCAAAGCUGCAAAGACUAAGUAA